UCCCCGCGGCCAACGGCGGCCGGCCGAGGCCGAGACGCCCCACGGUGCCCUCAGCGCCCCGCCGCAGCGCCGCAGCGCCACAGCCGCGCCGGUCCGGUUCCUCGGGGAGACUUGGACUUGUUCGAGACCCGAUGGCCAAAAGAAAAGAAGAAAAUUUCUUCUCUCCCGAAAAUGCCAAAAGACCAAGACAAGAAGAGUUGGAUGACUUUGACAAAGACGGUGAUGAAGAUGAAUGUACAGUUUCUUUCACUAAUGGUACCUCUACUUUGACCGCAGCAGAAGUUGGAAUAAUUGAGAGUAUUCAGCUAAGAAACUUUAUGUGUCAUUCAAUGCUUGGACCCUUUAAAUUUGGUUCUAAUGUCAACUUUGUUGUUGGCAACAAUGGAAGUGGGAAGAGUGCCGUGCUUACAGCUCUCAUUGUUGGCCUUGGAGGAAAAGCUGUUGCUACAAAUAGAGGCUCUUCUUUGAAAGGUUUUGUGAAAGAUGGACAGAACUCAGCAGAUAUCUCCAUAACAUUAAGGAACAGAGGAGAUGAUGCCUAUAGAGCAAAUGUGUAUGGCAACUCUAUAGUCGUGCAGCAGCACAUCAGCAUGGAUGGAAGUCGGUCUUAUAAACUAAAAAGUGAAACAGGCACUGUGGUUUCUACUAGAAAAGAAGAACUGAUUGCAAUUCUUGAUCAUUUUAACAUACAGGUGGAUAAUCCAGUUUCUGUUUUAACACAAGAGAUGAGCAAGCAGUUCCUUCAGUCUAAAAAUGAAGGAGACAAAUACAAAUUCUUCAUGAAAGCAACUCAACUUGAACAGAUGAAAGAAGAUUAUUCAUACAUUAUGGAAACAAAAGAAAGAACAAAGGAGCAGAUAAAUCAAGGAGAAGAGCGACUUACUGAACUGAAACGCCAGUGUUUGGAGAAAGAAGAACGUUUUCAAAGUAUUGCUGGUUUAAGUACAAUGAAAACUAAUUUAGAAUACUUGAAACAUGAAAUGGCCUGGGCAGUGGUCAAUGAAAUUGAAAAACAGUUGAAUGCUAUUAGAGAUAAUAUCAAAAUUGGGGAAGAUCGUGCUGCUAGACUUGACAGGAAGAUGGAAGAACAGCAGGUUAGACUUAAUGAAGCAGAAAAAAAAUACAAAGAUAUUCAAGAUAAACUGGAAAAGAUAAGUCAAGAGACAAAUGCACGAGCACCAGAAUGUAUGGCAUUGAAGACAGACGUUACUGCUAAGAAAAGGGUCUAUAAUGAAGCUGAGGUUUUAUAUAAUCGUUCUCUAAAUGAGUAUAAAGCAUUAAUGAAAGAUGAUGAGCAGCUUUGCAAAAGAAUUGAAGAACUAAAGAAAAGUACCGAUCAAUCUUUGGAACCUGAACGAUUGGAAAGGCAAAAAAAAAUAUCUUGGUUAAAAGAGAGAGUAAAGGCCUUGCAGGAUCAAGAAAGCUCAAUCAAUCAAGAGAUUGAGCAGUUUCAGCAAGCCAUAGAAAAGGACAAAGAAGAACGGAUCAGAAUUAAGAGGGAAGAAUUAGAUGUGAAGCAUACACUGAGCUAUAAUCAGAGGCAACUGAAAGAAUUGAAAGAUAGUAAAACUGAUCGACUAAAAAGAUUUGGCCCUCAUGUUCCAGCCCUUCUUGAAGCAAUAGAUGAUGCCUACAGGCGUGGGCAUUUUACCUGUAAACCUGUGGGUCCUUUAGGAGCUUGCAUUCAUCUUCGCGACCCUGAACUUGCUUUGGCUAUUGAAUCUUGCUUGAAAGGACUUCUGCAGGCCUAUUGUUGCCAUAACCAUGCCGAUGAAAGAGUUCUCCAGGCACUGAUGGAAAGGUUUUAUUCACGAGGGACCUCACGGCCACAGAUAAUAGUUUCUGAGUUUCGGAAUGAGAUGUAUGACGUAAGACACAGAGCUGCUUAUCAUCCAGAGUUUCCAACAGUCCUGACAGCUUUAGAAAUAGAUAAUGCAGUAGUUGCAAACAGCCUGAUUGACAUGAGAAGCAUAGAGACAGUGCUUCUGAUCAAAAAUAAUUCUGUAGCUCGUGCAGUAAUGCAAUCUCAAAAGCCACCCAAGAAUUGUAGAGAAGCUUUUACUGCUGAUGGUGACCAAGUCUUUGCAGGACGUUACUAUUCAUCUGAAAAUACAAGACCUAAAUUCCUAAGCAAAGAUGUGGAUUCUGAGAUAAGUGACUUGGAGAAUGAAGUUGAAAAUAAGAAGGCCCAGAUAUUAAAUCUUCAGCAACAUUUGUCUGCCCUUGAAAAGGAUAUUAAGCGCAAUGAAGAAUUUCUUAGAAGGCGCCAAAUACAUUAUAGAGAGUUAAAGGUAAAAAUAACAGAAAGUAUUUCUGAAAUUCGGGAGCUUGAGAAUAUAGAAGAACACCAGUCUGUAGAUAUUGCAACGUUGGAAGAUGAAGCUCAAGAAAAUAAAAUCAAAAUGAAAAUGGUUGAGAAAAAUAUGGAACAACAAAAAGAAAAUAUGGAACAUCUUAAAAAUCUGAAAAUAGAAGCAGAAAACAAGUAUGAUGCAAUUAAACAGAAAAUUAAUCAGCUCUCAGACCUAGCAGAACCACUUAAGGAUGAAUUAAACCUUGCUGAUUCUGAAGUGGAUAACCAAAAACGAGGAAAGCGGCAUUAUGAGGAAAAACAGAAAGAACACUUGGAUACUUUAAAUAAAAAGAAACGAGAACUGGAUAUGAAAGAAAAAGAACUAGAGGAGAAAAUGUCACAAGCAAGACAAAUCUGCCCAGAAAGAAUAGAAGUAAAAAAAUCGGCGUCAAUUCUGGACAAAGAAAUUAAUAGAUUAAGACAAAAGAUACAAGCAGAACAUGCUAGUCAUGGUGAUCGAGAGGAAAUAAUGAGGCAGUAUCAAGAAGCAAGAGAAACCUAUCUUGAUCUGGAUAAUAAAGUCAGGACUUUAAAAAGGUUUAUUAAAUUGCUGGAAGAAAUAAUGACUCAUAGAUAUAAAACAUAUCAACAAUUUAGAAGGUGUCUGACUUUACGAUGCAAGUUGUACUUUGACAACUUACUGUCUCAGCGAGCCUAUUGUGGAAAAAUGAACUUUGACCACAAGAAUGAAACUCUUAGCAUAUCGGUUCAGCCUGGAGAAGGAAACAGAGCUGCCUUCAAUGACAUGAGAGCCUUAUCUGGAGGAGAACGUUCUUUUUCCACAGUUUGCUUCAUUCUUUCUCUGUGGUCCAUUGCUGAGUCUCCUUUCAGGUGCCUAGAUGAGUUUGAUGUCUACAUGGACAUGGUUAACCGGAGGAUUGCAAUGGACAUGAUACUCAAGAUGGCAGAUUCCCAGCGUUUCAGACAGUUUAUCUUGCUUACCCCUCAAAGCAUGAGUUCACUUCCAUCAAGUAAACUGAUUAGAAUUCUUCGAAUGUCUGACCCUGAAAGAGGACAGACGACAUUGCCUUUCCGACCUGUGGGCCAAGAGGAAGAAGAAGACCGAAGUUGAUCUACAGCUCCCUGUGCCCUGUGCCAUGUCCUCAUGUUGCCAGAUUUGUAAAGGGAAAGAGAUUCAGGAGUAUUUGAUGAAAUAAAAUGAAACUGAAGAUAAUCUAAAAUAAAAGAAACUCCUUUAUAUAUCUGGCCCCAGUAAAAUAUGUAAAUAAGUCUAGGAAGCCUACGACAACCAGCAAUUUAAAAUUACUGUUACUUUACUUUGAGGAAAUUAAUUUCAUAGUAUUGGUUUUAAAUCUUUUUUUAAGUUUGUUUUUUUUUAACCAUCUACUUUUAUAGAUUGUUUUUUCAGAAGUAAAAUUUUGUACAUAUGUACAUGUACAUAUCUGUUUAGUUUGGGUUCAUUUCUAUGGUAUUUUGUAAUAAUUAAAAUAAAAGUUUGAGCAUCUGAUUA